AAUUUCUGGACGGCGCUUAGCAUCCUCAUCACUGCCUCCCAUUCUUGGAGACGUCCCAACUCGAACGACUUGGCAUCACCGGAUUCGAGCUCUUAGGACCCAAAAGACGUCUUUCACUGUCGGGCAUCGAAUUUGACGCGAGGGUAUGGUCUACGGUGACCACGGCAAGCUUGGCGAGUUAAGAGUCAAGAGACUCCCUGGGUCCAUAAGCCCCCAAGCCUGGAAGGAAAGUUCACAGCAAUGAGCGGCCACGACAUACCCAUCCAGCUCUUGGAUGGGGGCUCCAUCGACGUCCAACACCAUGAUCAGAUGAACGCCAUGGAUACGGCCAUGAACCUCGACGAUGUUGAUGUUGAUCUCUUUGGCGAUUCUGUCAUGGUGGACACCGCCUUGGAUGGCUUGUCUGCCCCGAGGCCGAUGCCGUCCAAGCACCUACGCCAACGGCUGGAUGAUCUGAGAACCCAUGGGUGCCACCAGGCCAUCGCAUGGUCACGCCAGGGUACCAUUGCCUCCAUCACCAAGGAUGGCCGCUCGGUCGAGUUUCGCUUCCUAAGGUGCCGUCCAGAGGAUGCCGGUUGGGAGUUGAGCGAACCAUACCUUUAUAGUCCUGCUAUUAUCCCUAUGCAUACGACGGCUGGUCCUAUUGUUCAUCUGGCCUGGUCCACCACCACCGAGCUCGCUGUCGUUGACGCUGUCGGCCGCAUCACCAUCCUCAGCCUCACCAUCCACCUCAACCGCCCCUCCAUAACCCGGAAGUGGGAUGCCGACCCUGUCGACGACCUUCAUGCGGUUGUCGGUUGUUACUGGCUCCCUUUGCUCAAUCCAAGACAGUUUGGCGUCAUGUACGGGCCUGCAGUAUGGGUGCAGCCCGAAGAUGCUAAAGCCCCCGGCGAUGGGCUGUACAAGUAUGAGAGCUCGUACACAAAGCCUACAGGCCCUAACCAUCCUAAUGCAAACAAAAGUGCCCUGGUCUCCAUCACCACAAACGGUCUUCUCAGACUGAUGUUUCAGAACAACAACACUCGCCUGGAGGAGACUGCCAUUGAGCUAGAAAGCAUCACUUCCUCGGACGAUCUAAUUACUCAUGCCGCUCUUUGCAACGACAAGAAUGCUCUCUUGAUAGCCCUUGCUACAGCCUCCAAGCAAUUGCGGAUCGUCAAAGCCACGAUCUCAUGGGGAAACGACAAGCCUGCCGAGAAGCAGGCACAUCCACAAAACGCAGCUAUAACCGCAUCUAUCUCAGAGCAACAUGUCGCCGUCGCACCUUUGCUCCAGCACGAUUCCAACAAUCCAGUGCUGGAUGACUCCAUGUCUCAACUGUCCCAUAUCGAAUUUCUGCCAUCUAUUCCCAAAGACAAGAACCUACAGGCACAUCACAACCCCGUUGUCCUCACGGUUCGCUCUCACUUGCCAGCGGAAGGCGCUUCUCUGUACGAGCAGGAACCUACUAGUGUCAUUGAUCGGUGGGAAGUUGUGAGCGAGCAGCCACAGACUUUGCACCCGGCCUUUGCCCAACUGAACACCGGAAACAGUAUGACGAAUCCCAAUUCCAUGACCCGCCUACGUAAACUGGACUCGGUUGUGAUACCGAAAAUCGUGGUUUCUGUUCAGGUCAUGUAUCUAGGCAAGGUGGUAUGCUUUGCCUUCAGCGAUGGCACCAUACAGUAUCGCGAUAGGGUUACUAUGAUGGUGUUGUUCAACGAGCAAAAUGUUCACCGCGUCCUCAGCCCGCAUGACGUAGGGUUCCAAUACGUCAACGACACGCCAUGUCUCCAGGUUGCCUUCUCGCCGACUAAUUGCUCUUAUGUGCAAAUAUCCGAAGACUGGGAUAUAAAAUGGAACAGCAUGCGCUAUACUUUGACAGAUGCCAGUACUGCGUUACAAAGCGCCCAGCAAAGCGCCGUCAUGGCAGCCCUGACUCUUGCUUUAUCCUCGGCCGUCACUACCUCGAUAAAUUUUGAUGAUAUCCUGGCGCUGGCCCGUCCCUUCAGCGAGAAUCCACAAUUUGCGGCCUCUUGGGUCAAAGAUUUAGUCAACCUGCUUAAGCUGAAUUUUGACUUUUCCGACGAGGGCCAUUAUGACUCAUUGAUUCGAAGCCCUCUCUUCCAAAUAUCUCUUAGCAUCCUCAACCACAUGGGCUUCCGCGGCGAGUUCCGGCCCCGGCCAUUUGAAGGAAAGCUAUCUUUCCUCAUACUCCAGAUGCGAAACUUCAUCGUUCUCGUGAGCCUUUCGCUCAACGCUCCCAAGAGCCUCGGGAUCAGUCCACUGGACGAGGCAGAGGUCAUCGAGGUCUUGGUUGGCUGCGUCACAUGGGCGCAUACUCUGAUGGGGUGGAUGGUUGACUGCCUCUUCGACCUCGCCGACGACCCGGCCUUCAUAAGCAUCUUGAAUGAGCAAAAAAGGUUUCCCGAUCUGGCCAACUUCCUCCGGGCCCGCGGCGAUGUAUCCCUGCAUCUCCUCUGCUGCUCAUCAGCUCGUGGCUUUAUCACAGCCGCCUGCCGCAGAUUAGCCCACCUCGAAGGCAUGAGCAACCGUGCGAUUCGCUACUGGGAAGCCAAUCGUCUUAAGACCGAAAACAACGACGGUAGCGGCGGCGGCGGCGGCGGCAAAGUCCUUCCCGACAGCCUCUACUUCGCCUACCGAAAGAUGCAACGCGCCACCAGCGCAUCUCUGAUCAAAGUCCAGGAAUUUAAUGAGAUCCUGCAAGGUUUCGCCCAGGACGUGCGCACAGCCUACCAAGCGAGCCUCUCCCGGCGCCAAUCUGGCAACAACCAACCGCAACAACAGCAUGCAUCCCCACAACAAAACAAAAAUCAACCGCAACAGCAACAAAAUGCCGAAGACCAGUUUAUCAAGAAAGCACAGGCCCACUGCGAACUCGACAUGCUCCUGGGCGCUAACCCCCCGCCUUGCUUCCGCGAGGUGCUCCUCAAGUUCUUCACCCAAACUUUGCCGGUGUUCAAGAGCCAUGUCGACCCGGCCAAGCUGUAUUUUGCCAACUAUGAGGUGCUGGAGAUUGAAGAGAAUCCGAGGAUCUUGGCGGCUAGGAAGGCUAGGCGCAAGUACAUUGAUGUGUUUACAAAGCGGGAGAUACAAUUUCCUACUUCAUCAGGGGACGCCCGAGGUGGAGGCGGCAUCGGCGGUGGUAGUGCUGCUGCUGCUGCUGCUGCUGCUGCUGCUGCUGGUGGUGGUGGUGGUGGUGGUGGUGAAGAUGAUGGUAAACGAGGAGGUACCACUGGUGCGGGUGAAGGUCAAACACCCAGCCAAAACACUCUCGCACCAGGUGGCGGGAUUUCCAUCAAGAUCGAGCUCGGCACCGGAUCCACCCCGAACCUCAAGGGGGUUUCCACCCCGGCGGGCGGCGGCGGCGGUAGCGGUGGGAACGCAAAAACAGCUGGUGGGAACAAUGCCGCCGCUGUGGGUGCGAAUGCCGCCAACGGAGUAGGAGGAGGAGGAGGGAACAUCAACAACAAUGACACUACUGAAAACACCAGCAAUCAGUGGCGGAGAUGUGUCCGGUGCACGGCGGUCAUGGAGGAUUUCCCGGGCAAUCAUUACAGGGCUGGGUUCACGUUUGUGAUGGCGCAGCAGAGGAAGUGUGCGUGUGGUGCGUGGUGGGCGUUGGUUCCUAAAACUACGGGGGAAGGGGCUACGGAGGGAUCGUGAAUAGGAUGCAUACCCGGGCCUUUAUGGUACUGUUAUUGGAAUCACUCGACUUGGGGUCCAAUAAAGGGCGUUUCAUGGUAUAAGAGAAGGUGAUUUGAUGAGGAUGGGGUUGUCAGCUGAGAAGGGAU